GGGACAGUCUGCAUCAGAAGAGGCCAGCAAGCAGGUCUGUUCCAAGGGCCUUCGCGUCAGGUGGGCUCAGGGCUGCCCCACUUGGGGGUUCCAGGGUGGCUGGACCCCAGGUCACUGUCCUUCCGCCAUGGCCCUGUGGAUGCGCCUCCUGCCCCUGCUGGCGCUGCUGGCCCUCUGGGGACCUGACCCGGUCCCGGCCUUUGUGAACCAGCACCUGUGCGGCUCCCACCUGGUGGAAGCUCUCUACCUGGUGUGCGGGGAGCGAGGCUUCUUCUACACACCCAAGACCCGCCGGGAGGCAGAGGACCCUCAGGUGGGGCAGGUGGAGCUGGGCGGGGGCCCCGGCGCAGGCAGCCUGCAGCCCUUGGCGCUGGAGGGGUCCCUGCAGAAGCGCGGCAUCGUGGAGCAGUGCUGCACCAGCAUCUGCUCCCUCUACCAGCUGGAGAACUACUGCAACUAGAUGCGCCCGCAGGCGGCCCACACCCUCCACCUCCUUCGCCGAGAGAGAUCGAAUAAAGCCCUUGAACCAGC